ACCAGCUGGGAAAAAAGAACUCUAAACACAACCUUACUGAUCAUAAGAUUUACAUAUUAAAAUGUCUGAUGCCAGCCCACCUUCCUCGCUUUUGCUGACUUAUCCCAAAGACUUGUGUAUACAUACAGAGACUCCAAGUGUGAAGGAGCUGGAAGAGAUCCUGAAUGAAGGUCGAGUUCCCUUUAACCCUGUCAAUGAGGUGUGGCCUAACCUUUUCUUAGGAGAUGUAACCACAUCACAUAAUAGAUUUGGACUAUGGAAGAUGGGCAUUACACAUGUAUUAAAUGCUGCCCAUGGAAAAUUCAUGUGCCGCGGAAGCCCUGACUUCUAUGGUGUCUGUAUGGAAUAUUAUGGAGUACCAGCCAACGAUCUUCCGCACUUUGACUUGAGUAUAUAUUUUUGCCCUGCAGCUGACUUUAUACACAAGGCUCUCAGUACCCCUGGAGGUAAAAUAUUGGUGCAUUGUGCUGUUGGUGUAAGCCGGUCAGCUUCUUUGGUGUUGGCAUAUCUUAUGCUCCAUCAAAAUCUCUGCUUGGUGGAGGCUAUUAAAAAAGUCAAACAAGAGCGAUGUAUCUUUCCUAAUCAAGGUUUCUUGAAGCAACUAAGAGCAUUGGACAUGCAGUUACGCCAAAAGAAAGACAACAGAACACAUUGUGCCACUUGUUAUUGUUUCAAUUUUGAGAUGUCGGAGUUUCCGAAGGUUGAGACAGAUGAGGAGAACAGAGCAGGUGAAAGGGGUGAGAUACGCAAAAUGAUUGGGCAGCUAUCUCAGUUGGUUGAGCUGCUAACGCCUGCCUGCCAUUCAAUUGUAACGCUGUUUUCAAGUGUUCCAGGGAACCAGGGUUUGUUACAAACUCAGCUGGGACAGGAUUUAUUGAAUGCGCUGAAAGCUAUUCAAUGUUCUUCUUCUCAAUUUAAACAAGCGAUGCCAAGUGAUUCUAUUGGACUUCCUAAUAUUUGUUUAACACAGCAACAAGUCAGCGACUCACAGGAGAAUGCGCCUUCUGCAUCGUCUCAUAUUCGAAAUGGAAAACCAGCUCUUAGUCUGAAUAAAUCUGACAAUGCUGUGCUCUCAUUUGCCUUUUUAAGAUACUGGUGCAUGGAACCUACAACAUCUCUCUCUGUGAAAGAACUAGAAAACAUCCUGGACAACAUCGCAGUCGAGCCACAUCACGUCGAUGAAGUUUGGCCAAGUCUCUAUUUAGGAGACCUAGUAAUAGCUCGAAACAAAGAGGAACUGAAUAAGCUUGGCAUCACACACGUGCUGAAUGCUGCACACUCAGAAUGGGACAGCAAUAUUGCAGAGUCAUUUUAUGGCAAGAAAAUAAACUAUUAUGGAAUUGCGGCAGAGGACUACCCAAAUUAUGACAUCAGUGUCCAUUUUUAUCCGGCAGCCAAUUACAUUCAUAAUGCACUGCAGUCUUCAAAAGGGAAGGUGCUGGUUCACUGCAUUCUUGGAAGAAGUAGGUCACCUUCCUUAGUGAUUGCCUACUUAAUGAUUUACCAUCACUUGUCACUCGAAGCUGCAGUCAAAAAGUUAACAGAGCACAGAGCAAUUUCACCAAACCGUGGCUUUCUUAAACAGCUGCAUGAUCUGGACAUAGACCUACGUCAAAGAAAAAAAAAUUGUGCCCUAUUGUAGGAACCACAGAGCACAAGUUUAUCUUCAAGAUGUUUCCACAAUCCCCCUUCCUAUCAUUUUACUUAUAAAAAUACUAAUGGUAAUUUAGCUGAUUUAGUACACAGAAGAGUAAUUGUAUGUUUUCAUUAUUUCACAUUACAGAAGAUAGAGUGUGUACCUGCCAGCAAGAUGUUUUAAAGAAAUUAUACCUGAUGACAUAUUAUAGAUAUAGAUGACAUAUCAGAUAUAGAGGGUGGGAGGUUGGCGUAAUGGUUAAGGUGUUUACCUUAGUAGCACAAGGUGCAGGAUUUGAUUCUCAUAGGGGGUAAUUGGCUAGGCUCAAAACUGUCCAUGAGGGCAGUUAGCCUAGUACUAAUCUAUGAAUCUAUAAUUAGGAAAACAUGAAUGAUAUGAGCAAUAUACUGUGAUUCCAACAAAAAUAUUCUCAAAUCAAGCUAUUGUACAAUUUUCCUAGGAGGUCUUUGUUCCCUGUGACCUUGAUGCAGGAACAGUGCCCCUCACAUUCCUGCUAUUUAUACAGGCUAACUCUGGGAAUGCUGUUAUAUUCCAAGGUUUCCAUUUACAGUCUUACUUUCAAAGGACAUUAUUAUGAUCCUUGGAAUUUCAAAAGGUACCCCAUAUUACAAUGUUAUAGUUGUGGUGGGUAGAUUAUAUUUAGCUGCAGAAUGCUUCUGACUCACUAAAAGAUGUGGUAAAAUAGACUAGAAAAGCAUUCUUUGACAAAUCUUAUAUCACACAUUCAUCCUGCUCUCAGGUGAAUUCAAGAGAUGUGACUAGUUUUGAGGCACAUAGCGAUAAUGAUAUGCACGUAGUAACAUUUACAGGCUGGGCGAAUCUGGCAAAGGGAUGCAAUAAUAUCUGAUGUCAUGGGCAGUGGGCAUUACUUGUUUCAGAAAGAUAUAGUGCAGUUAAAACCAGUAACCUCAAAGUACUUAUGCUAUAAAAAUGAGCUAAUGACAAAGAAACAUACUGUAAUUUGGGAUCUAUAUUAUAUCUUCGAAAGCUGUAAACAGUGAAUACUAUUUACAGCAAAAAUGCCAUGCAUUGAAUUUACUACUGUGGGGGGAUGCGUCCCCCACUAAUUAUAUAUACCAACUCUGAGAUCACUCUACAGUAAGGAAAGGGCAAAUUUUCCAAUCUUCACUGUAAUGCGAUCUCACUAUUUAUAGUUCACUGCACGGCAUUUUCGCUGUGAAUAGCUUUCGUUGUUUACAGCUUUCGAGGAUAUAAUACAGACUUGAAAUUUGUGAAAGCAUUCCAGCUAUAGAGAUGUGAAUGAGAGUUAGAAAAGGUUUUGAAUGGGUGACAAGAAGUGCAGGUAUAUGCUCAAGUCACGGAGACCCUGAUGAAAGGGGUAGAUGCUUAAAACCGGCAUUUAAUUGGAUUUACUGGGGAGGUGAAUGAAUGUGCUACAAAACACAUAAAUAGCAGUUGCUUAAUCAUUUCAGAAGAAGGGGCACAAUAACAUGAAAGGAGCACACUUGGGACUGCUGUUUGAGAUUUGCAUUUAUUGGCUUCUCACCAUUUAUGUUUUCCUUUAAAACACCAGCGUUUAUGUUUAGUACGUAUUUUAGACAAUGUUUCUAAUGCACAGUAACAGAUCCAUUACAGCACUAGCCACAGGGGGAAAAAUAUUAUACUCUAAAGAAGCAGGUUAAUGAAUAAUAAUAAUAAUAAUAAUAAUAAUAAUAAUAAUAAUAAUAAUAAUACGGCAUCCACAAUUUUACAUCAUUUUAUAACAUCACUGCUGUGGAUGGUAACCCAUGGCAUGCUUGGGCCUGAAGCUCAUCAUAGGAAUGUAAUAAUAAUAGGUCAUCCAUGAUUUAAUGUCAUUGCAUAACAUCACUACUGUGGAUGUUUACCCACGGCAUGCUUGGGCCUGAAGCUCAUCAUAGGAAUGUAAUAAUAAUAGGUCAUCCAUGAUUUAAUGUCAUUGCAUAACAUCACUGCUGUGGAUGUUUACCCAUGGCAUGCUUGGGCCUGAAGCUCAUCAUAGGAAUGUAGUAAUAAUACGUCAUCCACAAUUUUAUGUCAUUGUAUAACAUCACUGCUGUGGAUGGUAACCCACAUUAUGUCAUAGGAAUGUUGUAAAGUUACAAAUAACACAAAAUGUGAGUUGCUUUACUGCUAAACAAUAUAAUCAAUAUAUUUUUAUAAAUUACUUAUCAUAUGAGUUGAAUUUUUGUAACAUUAAAUAUAUGUUUUUUGCAUGAAAGAUCAGCUUCAUCUCUUAGCUAUAUAAACCAGAUAACUGUUGCAGUGAAAUGUUAUUUUUAAGUUUAUCUUUUCAAUGUUUCUAUUAUUAUAACCCAGUCUUGCAUUUAGUAAAAAAAUGUGCAAUGCUACAUUUUUCACAUGUUGUUUUCUUAAAAUUACAGUCUCAGAGAUUCAGAAAUUACUGUGUAAAGUAAGAAAAGCUGAUUUCCAUAUGUUCGUUGUCCAUUCACUAUACUGAGAAUACUGAAAAUUAUUAAAAUAAAUCACAAGCUGUUA